AUUUUGGCGGUUAAUCAGUCGCACGCGACGAGCCAGUCCGUACGCAUGCACGUUGACCUGGGGCAAUGGAGCUGCACACGCCGAAGCGCAACAUCGUGAGUUUACGAGAACAACCACCGGGAAGUCCGCCCAUGUGCGACACCAUGUUCCCGUGGAACUGGGGCGAGGAGGCGCGCAACGUGAAUCUCAGCCCGGGCAGUGGCUCUAGCUCGUCGCCCGAGUAUGGGCACCACCAUCACCACCACCAAGCGAGCAGCGGUGGCUCGGUGGACAGGCAAAGAAUUUCGACGAGAGGCGGUUCGGAAGCACACAGACGCGGCAGGCCACGAGCCGAUGCCUUGACGAAUCUCAUGAUGCAGGGUAGCACGUCGCCGUCGAGUAUCAAGUGCACCUACUGCAAUCGCGUGUUUCCGCGCGAGAAGAGCCUGCAAGCGCACCUGAGAACCCAUACCGGCGAGAGGCCCUACCCGUGCGACUACCCCGGCUGCAGCAAGGCGUUCACGCAGUCGGGCCAGCUGAAGACGCACCAGCGGCUGCACACGGGCGAGAAGCCCUUCCUGUGCACGGAGCCGGGCUGCGAGAUGCGCUUCACCCACGCCAACCGGCACUGCCCCGACCACCCGUACGCCACGCUCACGCGCUCGGACGACUUCGUGCUGAAGCCCGUCUCGGGCAACACGGAGCUGCCGCACGACGUGACGCGCUGGCUGGAGCGCUACAAGCUGGCCCGCGAGCGCGAGGAGCGCACGCCCACGAGCAAGAGCGAGCAGCGCAAGCGCAAGCAGUGGAAGAGCGGCGGCAAGUCGCGCAAGGGCCUGGUGAUGGACGCGCUGGGCGAGCAGGAAAACCUGCGGCGCUACUGCAGCGAGGGCCAGGACAGUCAGGACGAGAGCCAGGACGAGGAGGCGAGCGACGCCGCGCCGCUGGCCGCCUCCUCCGAGGACGAGGAGGCCGCGGGCGGGCCGGCCCUGCCGAGCACGCCGCAGCGCAGGCCGCUCGAUCGGCUGCAGCCCAAGAAGCGCUGGCUGCGCGAGGCCUGCCUCGAGCAGCAGCUGGCCAAGCCGCUGCGCUGGGACGCGCACCCGCUGGUGGCCGGCUGCCGGCGCAUCUCCGACGAGCUGCACAGCUGCUCGCAGUGGAGCCUGUCCGAGGGCCUGAGCAGCGUGGCCCGGCAGGAGCCCGCGACGGCCGAGCUCCUCCUCUCCGAGCGCCUCGUCGACGGCUCGGCGCCCGACCGGCCCACGGUCCUCAUGCGCGCGGUCAAGAGCCAGUCGCCGGCGGUGAUCGUGCUGCAGCAGGAGGACAGCGCGCUGCCAGACCUGUCGCCGCUGCCCGAGGACAACCAGAAGUGGCUGGGCGCCCUGGCGCUCAUGGAGCUCGCCAAGACGCAGGAGGAGGCCGCCAAGGCGCUCAGGCUGUCCAGGGACCAGCCCGAGUACACUCAUCUCUAGACUGUGAUUCGCCGUCGCCGGCGGAACUGCGCGUCGCGCGCGGAGCUGAGCCCCAGGCGCCGCGAGGCUCCUCCUCGUUGUUUCGUUUUCGUUUCGUGUACGUUGCCCUGGCGAGAACGAGCCUCCUCUCGCUGGAAACUCGCGGCAGGCACUCUGCUCCGCCCUCGCUUGUUUCUUAUUCUAGUUGAGCGGCCGAGUAUGCUGCGGGAGCCUCUCGUGUCUUUCUUUCCUCCCCUCGCGUUUCUCUGCUUGCCCUCCCCCGUGGAUACGUGAUUGGCGCCAAUUCGUAUAUUUGCUGACCAAAAAC